UUAAUAUUGAACAUGGUUUGUCAUUCUAAGCCCAGCCCACAACCUAACCUAAAUGCGUGUCCAUCACUGACUCAGUUCUAGCACGCUGCACACCGUUCAACUUCUCGUCUCCGGUCCAGCAGCAGUGGUCGACGAAGCAGAAAUCAUUUUUAUUUUUAUUGAAAGAGAUGAGUGCAUUUAAAGCUUUCAAGGCACAGGUCCCAGUUGCAUGGAGCGCCAACCUAUAUAUUACACAGGUGAGGGGUAUGCCGGGAACCAGAAAACUUCAUAGACGGACCUUGGAGGCAUUGCGUCUUGGCAAGAGUAACCGGACUGUGAUGAGAUGGAAUACUCCAACUGUUAGGGGAAUGAUACAGCAGGUUAAAAGGUUGGUUGUUGUUGAGACUGAAGAGAUGUACAAGGCCCGAAAGGAAAAUGAAGAGAAGCACCGAGCCCUACGUCCUCCGCUGGUUGUUAGCCAUCUACCUGCAUCUGCUAGUGAAGCUUCUUAGGCUAAUUUUACUUUAAGAGAUCAGCAAUAUAUAAUUUAAGAAUCAAGAAUGGAGAGCACCUAGUAGGAAGCACUUAUGAGUUCACAUGGAUUUGCUGAUGCUUUCGUAUUUGAUCCUGCGGUUGCGUUGAUGUGGUCGAGAUAGAAUAAGUUCUUUGGAGAUAAAAUACCGCUGCCUACAGACUAAAUGGUAUUUAGAUCUAGUUGAGGGGAAGUCUGCAAUGUUGAUAAGAUCUGAAGUUUUGGUUGAUGAAUUUUUCAUUUGAAUGCCAAACUUCUUUAUUCCUCUUGCAUUGUCCUCAAAUCUUAAUCCUCAUGAUUUCUUGCAUCAAAAAUUCAGAAUCAGCACAUUUGCAGUUCAGUUA